AGACAAAUUCCGUGGCAGUUAGAAAGUGAACUGACUGCCAAGAUGGAGAAGAAUGAAAAGUUAACCUUGACUUUCUACACUCCUGAGGUUCCCAAAGUAAAAGGGGACCGACAAUACCAAAGGCCUACCCUCCCCACCAAGCAAGAUUCGAGUACCUCGAUGUCACCCCAGAGGCGGCAGCAGUAUAUGGAUCAGACACAAAUCUACAUUCGAAUGUUCUGUGCCAGCCUCUGUGCUUUUAGCUUCCUAAUGCUGAUCUGCAUGUCCCCACUGAACUGGGUGCAGUUCCUGGUGAUCAAGAAUGGCCUUGAGCUCUACGCAGGACUCUGGACCGUAUGCAAGCAUGAGCUCUGCUGGAGCCACACACCCAAGUCACCUUAUUUUCUCCUCUUUUCCAGGGCCUUCUUCCUCGUCUCUCUCAUCAUCAUUCUCAUUGGCAUUGGCUGGCUCUUCAGCUCUUGCCUCCCUGGAAGAAGAAACUUAACCAAACUAGAUCUGAAGGUGUCCAUGCUCUGCUUUAUCUCAGCCACCUGCUUGAUCCUCUGCCUCAGCCUGUUUGUGGCACAGGUUCGUUGGCAUGUUAGAGAUGUCAUGGAGUCAGAUCUUCUAUGGACCUAUCAUGUUAACUGGUGGAGUGACUUCUUAUGCAUGUUUGCUGUGAUUACUGUGUCACCUGCUGAAGAUGAAAGGCCAGAGUUUAAGACAGAAUCUCUAGAUGUCACUGUGAAUCCAGUGGAGAAAUCAAGGCUGGAGGUUGGUCCACUGAUUACUGUGUUACCUGCUGAAGAUGAAAGACCAGAGUUUAAGACAGAAUCUCUAAGAGAAGGAGAACAAACCCUACCAAAUGCAGAACUGUGA